AUGGGGGUGAACGAGCCUUUGAUCAACUUUGUCUUCACCUGCGAUGUUAACAUGGAAGACGGCGUGAACCAAAAGAUUGGGACCAACGAGGAUGUGCGAGAAGCGUUCAAGGACUGGGACCCGAGGAUUGAUAAGAUGCUCUCCUACGUUGAUGAAGUGCUUGAAUGGCGCCUUUAUACUCAUGAUGAGAUUCCCCAUUGGGCUCACUCUUUAAACAAGCUCGUGUUGAUUGGUGAUGCAGCCCAUGCCAUGACCCCUUAUUUAGCGCAGGGUGCGGCUGUGGGCAUCGAAGAUGCGGCCAUUCUCGGUGGCAUCCUGUCGCAACCGGAGUACUGUACUCCAGCCGCUUUACCAGAGGCCCUGGGUAUCUAUGAGAACUUGCGCAUUAAGCGUGCAGCCCAUGUAGCUGAAAAUAGCGUUGAUAGUAGAUGGUUCACUCAAAUGGAGGAUGGUGAAGAGCAGCGCAAGCGCGAUGAAUGGCUGCUUGCGCAUCCAGGCAUCUGGGAAGGCCAUAUCAACAUCCGAUCACGGAAAGAAUUUUUGGAUGGACUAUUUGGCUAUGAUGCGUAUAAGGUCCUUGAUGAGGCUUUGAAGGAGGCAAGGAAGGGAAAGGAGUCAAAGGCAGCAUUUGACACAUCCGUACAGGUUGACGCCCGAGAAAUUCAAUCUCAGGCAUGA